AUGGCGGACAGCGAGUCUAAGAAGCGAUCUGACACUUUGGGUCACACAGCGUCAGUAUCAGAACAGCAUGGAGAUUUUGACCCCUUGGGUCAAGUCUUUGGGAAGGAACAGUUUGAGUACAGGGUUGAGAACCCAUCAAUUGCGACACCACGAGUGCUCCCCCUUACACAGCAAAACCUGCGCUUGCUUGAGAAAAUGACUACUCGGUUGCGAAAGACUAAGACGUUGCGGACGAGGAUAAAGGAAAAGACACUCUCUACUACAGCUCCCGGAUUCGAGGCCAGGGCAUUUGACAAUGGGGUUCUCAACCCGCCAAAUUCAAAACCACCAGUGAACAUUGACGAUUUACGAACCCGCCUAAACAUGCCUCGCAGGUCUUCGUCUCCAUCGGAGACUAGGUUUCGGGCCUAUUCGCAUGCUGUUCAAACUGCCCCAAACGAAGACUCUAUUGUUCAUAUCGCCGCUAGGCUUUUUAAUGACUUCGAGGACGACCCUCAGUACACCCAGGUCUAUAACCAAACACUCAACCUUUUUCCUCAUAAUGUUGGCUUCAACGACGGCCUGUCUGCCCCGCAACCUGAUUUGAUGGAGGGCCUCCAACAGCCCAGCUUUCAGCCGUUUCCAAUUCGCCAAGAAAUCGGCGGCGCCGCAGUGCUUCUGGAUGAUCCUAACUCGAUCACCCUGCCGCAUCUGGCUGGCGAGUGGAAGGGGCGGGGCAGGAGCAUGGAAAGCGCUCGAGUGCAGAGUGCUUAUGAUGGCGCCGCUUUGGUAUACGCCAGGAGCCGAGCUCUUUCCUACAUUGGCGUUAAUGAUCCCCCAGGACAUGCAGCUGUUAUUACCUUUACCUGGGAUGGAGUCCUCAUCAACUUUUGGGCACACUAUGCAGCUCCAUCACCAACGAAAGCUGGUGCUAUUGAAUACCACCAAUAUCUUAUUACCAGCACUAAUAUGUUGAAUUCUUAUGCGGACUUCAAGAAGGGUUGCAGGCUGCUCCAGAAUCUUCAGGAUUUUGCAAGGGAGCGUGCAUACGAGCUGAGGGAUCGCUUACGCGAGCACUGGCAACAGCGGCAGCUCGAAUCCGACACUGCAAACACCAACCCAACGCUGCAUAGGCCUAACAGCCUCUGCGAGGCUGGUACACUGGGUACAAUUGAUGAGACAGACGAGGAAAUGGACACAUCUGAGGGCUAG